GCUCUCCAUUGAUUCCAUGGCCAACAUUUCCAGGGUGUUUAAGAAGACCUGCUCCAAUGGGAAGCUUUCCAUGUACCUGGGGAAACGGGACUUCGUGGACCAUGUGGACAUGGUGGAACCCAUUGAUGGUGUACUCCUGGUUGACCCUGAUUACUUAAAAGGUCGAAAGAUGUUUGUCAUGUUGACAUGCGCCUUUCGCUACGGCCAUGAUGACUUGGAUGUAAUCGGUCUGACAUUCCGCAAAGACCUCUAUGUACAGGUCCAGCAAGUUGUCCCAGCUGAACCCAUCAGCCCCCAGAGGCCCCUCACAGUCCUGCAGGAGCGACUGCUGCACAAGCUGGGGGACAAUGCCUACCCCUUUACCCUGCAGAUGGUUGUCAACCUGCCCUGUUCAGUGACACUGCAACCAGGUCCUGAAGAUACAGGAAAGGCCUGUGGGGUUGACUUUGAAGUGAAGAGUUUCUGUGCUGAAAAUCUGGAGGAUAAAAUCCCCAGGAGAGACUCUGUGAGGCUGGUGAUUCGGAAAGUACAGUUUGCACCCCCGGAGCCAGGCCCUGGCCCCUGGGCCCAGACCAUCCGCCACUUUCUUCUGUCAGCUCAGCCCCUACAACUUCAGGCCUGGAUGGAGAGGGAGGUUCACUAUCAUGGCCAACCCAUCUCUGUUAAUGUUUCCAUCAACAACUGCACCAGCAAGGUCAUCAAAAAAAUCAAGAUUUCAGUUGACCAGAUCACCGAUGUUGUCCUGUAUUCACUAGACAAGUACACCAAGACGGUGUUCAUUCAGGAGUUCACGGAGGCUAUAGCUGCUAACUCCAGCUUCUCCAAGAGCUUUGCAGUAACCCCACUCCUGGCUGACAACUGCCAGAAACAGGGCUUGGCACUGGAUGGCAAACUCAAGCAUGGUGAUACCAAUCUGGCCUCCAGCACAAUUAUCCGACCUGGAAUGAACAAGGAGCUGCUGGGGAUCCUGGUGUCAUACAAAGUCAGAGUCAAUCUGAUUGUGUCCAGCGGAGGCAUCUUAGGCAACCUGACAGCCAGCGAUGUUGGUGUGGAACUGCCCCUAAUCCUGAUGCAUCCAAAGCCAUCUCAGGAGGCUGCUAGCUCUGAGGACAUAGUGAUCGAGGAGUCUGCCCAGCAGGAGCCCCGCGGGGAGGACAGUCCAGAGGCUUUGGCGGCCCAGGGGGACAAGGGGAGCUGAGCACCUGGCUCUGGCGCUUGUGAGAUGAGACCCCCACUGUAAUGCUCUAAUAAAUCAGCUUGUCCAGACGUGCCUGGAGAUCUCUUUAGUGUAUUCUUCUCCGGGAGGGUAAUGAAACUGAGAACCAGCGCCUCCUUCCCUGUCGGUGAUUCGAUUACCCGGUAGCAGGUGCUUUUCUCCUAAAUGACCCCAGAUUUCCUUCUGGCACACUGCCCACCCUCCCCUCCGUGGGUCCUUCAACUUCCCCUCUGGCGCUGUCCUUCCUCACCGCCACCCCAUCGCCCCCGCCCCCAUGAUCACCCACUACCCCAGGGAGGGAGCGGCUGGAGCUGAGGGCCAGCAGACAGUGCUGCGCCCAGGCCCAGGGGCGGUCCGCAGGCGGCUUGAACGCGGUUGGCCUGAGAACUCCGUG